AUGACGGCUCACACUGCACGAACCCCCGGGGUAUCAAGUCCCCAUAAUCUAUCUAGACGACCUUCACGAACCAUAACGAAAUCAACCACACCCCUCUCUUCACCCCGCGCCGCGUAUUCCGUCGGUCAGAACCACCCGCCCAGAGGCUCUCCCGGUCGCCGAGCACCACCACGCGCCCCGAGUCCCAACUAUUUUGGCCUGGUCAUCGAUUCAAACCUCGAGGGGGCCGACUCUUCAGUUCCCGGAAAAGACAACUGGAGCCCAGCCGGCUCCUCAAUAAAGUCCUUUGCCGCCGCGCUGCCCAAGACUGUACCCCUCGAACCCAAUUCCGAGUUUGAAGCCUUCAAAAGGCAGGUGGACCGCAAUCGCGGGCCCUCCUUUGCACUUCCUACCACUAGCCAUGUUCCCUCGGCGUCUGCUCACAUGGCCCGUCCUCGACCGGCCCGCUGGCAUUCCCAUAGUCAUGAGCCUCCCACAGAGCCGUCGUCGUUUCGGCUAGCAUUGAAUAGAAUACGCGCCGACAUGGGCCCGAUGAUGAAGCCGGACGCUGAUCAGAGAAGCCUUCACGACUCCGCAUACGUAUCGUUGGACUCGAAGCGUAACUUGGAUGUGUCCUUGAAGCUACCUCAGGUUGCCCCUCCUCCGCGGGUUGCGUCCCCGCUGCUGAUGGAGGAAACAAAACAGCCGUCAAACCCGACUACAUCGGUAGAGCAGUACCGUGAUGAGCGACUCUCACUCAACGAACCUAAACCACGAAGACAAUCACCAAGCAUCGGUCUACCGCGGGCUUCCACCCUACCAAUGAAGCUAGAUGCCCAAAGCCCCUUUAUCGCUGGUGAUCAGCUAGCCAACAUUAUGGAAGCCGGGGAUAUGGAUGGGGUAUUGCUCAUUGAUGUUCGCUCGGUUCAAAAUUUCUCACAAAGUCGCAUCAGGCAUGCGCUCAACCUGUGUAUUCCAACUACGCUGUUGAAGCGCGCCACCUUUGGCAUCGAAAAGCUCCAGGCAACCUUCCAAGACAGUAUCAACUCGACAAAGUUCAAUCGUUGGAGAGACAUGCAAUGGAUCAUAGUCUACGACACCAACGCUUCCGAUAACCGCGAUGCCUUUACAGCCCAGAGCAUGAUCAAGAAGUUUACCGCGGCCAACUUCUCCGGCAAGACUGGGAUUCUCCGUGGAGGUUUCAGUCUUUUCCGCCAAUCAUUCCCUGCACAUGUUGACACCGAGCCGACUGCAGCGCCGGCCACGAAGUCGCAGAAUGCUUCUUCAGAUUGCAACGCGGUUGCCCCCGUCAUUGGUGGUGUCAUGCUACCAACGAGCAUGCAGGAGCCCAACCCAUUCUUCUCCAACAUCCGCCAGAAUAUGGAUCUUGCAGAUGGCGUUGGCCAGUUCGAUGUCCACUUGCCCGAUGGUCUCGAAGCCUCGUGGCUCCCAAUCUGGCUGCGUGUGGCAGCUGCGCCUGGGGACCACGGCAAAAAGGUCUCUGACAAAUUCCUUCACAUCGAACAAGAGGAACAAUCUCGGAUGAGGAGCGCGUACGCUGCAUUCAACCCUAAUCACGCAAAGUCUGCCAGCAAUAUCCAGCUAUGCGGCGUGGAGAAGGGAGUCAAGAACAGAUACAAGGAUAUUCUUCCGUUUGAGCACAGCAGAGUCCGUCUAGAAAACAAGGCUUCUGGUUGCUGUGACUACGUCAAUGCCAGUAAUCUCUCUGCUUCGCGUAGCAACAAGAAGUAUAUCGCCACACAGGGUCCGCUGCCGGCCACCUUUGAGGACUUUUGGUCCGUCGUAUGGGACCAAGAUGUCCGUGUCAUUGUCAUGCUGACAGCAACGACGGAGGGCGGGCAGCUGAAAUGCCACCCGUAUUGGGAAGGUCGCGAGUUUGGGCCCAUUCGCUUGCGGCCUUUGUCCGAGAAGAAGGCAUCGCUUGACGUUGAGAAAUACAGAUCGGAUUCUCACAGCACACCGGCAUCACACGCCUCGGAGCGUGGCCGGCGCCGAGCCAACACCACGACGGCAUUCGAGGCGGCACCAACCCUAUCACCCGACGAAGAGGCCCCGUACGUUAUCAUACGCAAGUUUGCGCUGUCGCACACGUCUCAUCCAUUCGCGCCGAUACGCGAGGUCACCCACCUGCACUUCCCUGGGUGGCCUGACUUUGGGACUCCUGCUAAGCCGUCGCAUUUGCUUGCGCUGGUAGAGCUGGCCAACGUGAUGCAGCGUGCUGCACUACCCGUCGAGACCGCCGCUGUUGUUGAAGCGCACAAGGCAAUGGAGGGCGGCGCGUUGCCCAUCGCGUGGCACGACGAGCCAGAGGCCGAUAAGAAUUGCCGACCCAUGCUGGUUCACUGCUCGGCAGGCUGCGGCCGCACUGGCGCGUUCUGUACUGUCGACAGUGUCGUUGAUAUGCUGAAGCGAAAGCGUCAAGCAGAUCUCACCGGCAUCGCUGUCAAGGACGCAGAGGGUGACGUCAGCAUGCUCAACCCUGCCGAGAUGUCGGCAUCGGAUUGUUACUUUCAGCUGAACCUGAGCUCCGCGGCUGACCAGCUCGCAAACCUGCCCCAUCAGCAGCGAAAGUCGACGGCACUCGACACGAGGUGGCUGAAUGACGACUCUGUGGACUUGAUCCAAAAGACCGUGCAGGACUUUCGACAGCAGCGUCUCAGCACGGUGCAGAGCCUGCGGCAGUAUGUGCUGUGCUACGAGACGGUUCUGGAAUGGAUGCAUUGCAUGCAGGACAGGACGGCAAGCGCCCUGGCCGGACGUAAGCGUAGUGGCAGUUUGACGCUGACGCUCCCUCACUAA